GGUUUUCACACCAACCCACAUAUUAAAAAAUUUCCCUUUCAUUUUCUUUCUUCCAACGACGAUCUCCCUUACCUUUUUUCCCCUUUUUUUUUUUCUCUUUCAGAUAUCUAUAUAAUUUUCUCAAGCUUUGUGUAGUCAUGGAAGGACAUCAUCCCCAUCACCUUAUUCCGCUCCACCACCAGCAACAGUUUCAACUCCGUCCGCCGUCGCAUCUCCACCCGAGCCUCACCGUCUCCGCCGAUCCAACCCUAGCCGCCGCCGCCGCCGCCGCCACCGACAGAUUCCCUCAAUGGAGCCUUCAGGAAACAAAGGAGUUUUUAACGAUCAGAGCCGAGCUGGAUCAGACUUUCAUGGAAACCAAACGAAACAAGCUCUUGUGGGGAAUUACAUCCUCCAAAAUGAAGGAAAAGGGUUUCAAUCGCAGCGCUGAACAGUGUAAAUGUAAAUGGAAAAACCUCGUUACUCAUUAUAAGGGUUGUGAAACAAUGGAGCCAGAAAAUUUAAGGCAACAAUUUCCAUUCUACACAGAACUAAAAGCAAUUUUCGGAGCAAGAAUGCAAAGGAUGUUCAUGGCGGAGGCGGAGAGCGGUGGGAGUGGAUCGAAGAAGAAGAUGAAGACAUUAUCGUCCGACGACGAGGAAGAAAACGAAGACAGUAACGGCGACGGGGGCGAGACGAAGGUUAGCAGUAGGAAGAGGAAGAAGGUUAAAGGCACGACGAUGGCGACGGACGGCGGAGGGGGAAGCGGUAGCCGUUUGAAAGAAAUAUUGGAAGAUUUCAUGAACCAACAAAUGCAAAUGGAGGUGCAAUGGAGGGAGGCAUUUGAGGCAAGGGAAAAGGAGAGGGAAAUGAGAGAAAUGGAGUGGAGAAGGAACAUGGAAGCUUUGGAACAUGAGAGGAUUAUGUUGGAAAGAAGUUGGAGGGAAAGAGAAGAACAAAGGAGAAUGAGAGAGGAAAUUAGGGGUGAGAAAAGAGAUGCCUUAAUCACAGCUUUGUUAAACAAGAUUAGAAGAGAUGAUCAUAUGUAGUAAUUCUUUCCAUGCUUCAACAGAGGGCUUGCUUUCCUAUACAACUUUAUUCUUUAGAGAGUGUAAGUAUUUUUCUCGGCUUUAGCCUAAUCUUAGAACCAGGUACAUCAUCAUUUUGUUCAUAGAAAUUUGUAUGAAUAAUUAGAGAUGGCUACAAAAGGAAAUUUUGGUCUCUUCUGAAUGAUUACUUCUUUCAAAUUCUUAAAAGGAAUAGCCAUUUUUUUCAAUGGUGUUGCGUGACAAAUUUGCAUAUUUCCCUAUUUUGUAGUGGCAAAUAGAUACAAAUUUGUUCUUGGUUUGUUUCGAAAUUGGGAAUCUAGGAUUAGUUGGA